UUGCGAGCAUCAAUAGCACAACGCUUGUGAAAAGCCCAGACUUCUGUUGGGAAGCUGAGGUAUGCGAGGUCGUUCCUGAGUAGCAACAAGUUACCGUAGAUUGUUACCAAAGUUUAGCACCUCAACAGUUGAACUUACCAUUGAACCUGUCCAUUGACGCUUAUUAGUGCGUAGUAAAUGCAAGGUUAUCUGCUAUCAGCUGGGUAGACGUGAUAUUCCAUUUCUUUGCCGAUACCAAACACGACAAGUUGCUUCCAAUACCGAUUCGUCAGGAGAACAAUUCAUCGGAAAAAAGUCAUCUGAACUAAUAUUCAGUCACUAUGGCCGACUCCAGCAAAGCUGUUAUCAAGAACGCAGACAUGUCUGAAGACAUGCAGCAGGACGCAACUAACUGCGCCGUGCAGGCCUUGGAAAAGUUCAACGUCGAAAAAGAUAUUGCAGCUUACGUCAAGAAGGAGUUUGACAAGAAAUACAACCCAACCUGGCAUUGCAUUGUGGGUAGGAACUUCGGCAGCUACGUCACUCAUGAGACCAAGCACUUCAUUUACUUCUACUUGGGACAGACGGCUAUACUGCUGUUCAAAUCUGGCUAGUGAUUGAACAUGACUGUCACAUGACUGUCACAUGGACACUAUUAUACUCUUGGACUCUUACUCGGGUAGAGGGAUGUACACCUUGCGUUAACGGAUGCGUUUCAUCCUUUGAUGGGCUGCGGUUUCCAGACACUUUUGGUCACAGAGUAUCUGCUAUAUGACAAAGAUAAUUAAAUAAUAUUAGAUCUGUUUAAUAUAGAAUUUAACGACAAAUAGACUCCAUUAAUUAAUUGUACUACUAAACAACAUAACAUAUUGUACUACGUGACAGUAACAGCUCAGUAUUGUUUCUUGUGGGCAUUCAUAAAUUGUAAUGUACGAGUUU